AUGUCAUCUCACACCUUUGAAGAUGUCGCUGCCAUAAAAGUGGAACCAGCUGAUGACUUACACCCUGUACAACCAACCGUGCUUCGAAAUAUACACGACGAGCCUUCGGGUUAUGCUCCGUCAAGUACUUCAGGAUUCAAAGACUAUCCUAUAUUCGACAACAGCUCUAGAUUUACUGCGUGCACUAGCCCUGCCCCGACUGAGAUCGCGGAGUACGCCACAACCGGCCAAAAAUGCAUUUUCCACUGGCUCCCCUGUUCAUUUCAAGCCGAUCACUUCGACGAUUGGCUAGAACACACCGAAAGUCAUAUUAUGCGCGCGGAAUGGGGAAAUCAGUCGAACUUGGUGCUAGCUGGCAUGCCAAACUUAUGGAACUGUGGCUUUGGUUGUGGUUUUCAAAUUGAAGAAAACCACGACCCAAAAUCAAUUUGGGAGGAUAAACUUCGCCACAUAUACCAACACCUACUAGACAAAAGGCCGGUAGAAGAUUUAAAGGAGGAUUCGGCCUGGAUGGAGUACUAUCACCCACAUGUUGGCAUACGGAAGCAAACCUCGCCUGUUAAAGACCGAGAUGUCGAAAAGGAAACGACCCCGUUGAUUUCGAACGAGCGCCUGAUUCUCUCUAGAAGCAUCGUGCGCGUGCGUAGGAGUCUCCCCUGCAGAGAUUAUUCUAUGCUCGAUUGCAACGAUGUUUUCUUGAAUCGAAGGAUCCUUGAUGAUCACAUGCUACAUGUACACGGAAUCAAAGCAUAUCGUUGUCUUAAACAUGGCUGUUCUUAUCAGACUGCAAGAUACGAUAACCUGCGUUCUCAUGUGAAGUGGCGCCAUGGGCCCGGGGUUGACACCACAACCAAACGUUCCGAAAGCGCGGAGCCAACUGAGUUAGCUGAACAUAAACGACCACGUCACCAUAUCUAUACGAAGCCUAUACCAAGGUUCAGCGACACAGAAACCACUGAGAAUCGCAAAGGGAAAGUUGACAAUGAAAGGACACUUCUCCAUCCACCGUCCAAGUUUAGAGGCCUCCUACCAGCGCUAGCGGAUACAUUAUCUGCGCUACAAGUCGACGGAUCUGCGAAAAAAGAAAUACAAUCACCUAGGGAUGAAUUUGAACUUACCGUUACUAACAAUACAAGCUUCAGAGUCGAUAAUAUUUUGGAUGCAGCUGAGUCUGGAAGAGAAAAUAAAGCUCAAAAGCAUGUGGGGAGAAGUCCUCCACUGGAGAUCCUAGGUCCGAGCCCGUUCAAUACAAGCGAACCACCAGGAGAAGCAGGUGCGAACCAAAAAAGCUCUACAAUAGUCCCAGAUCACAUAAGAGCCACUAGCCAUAGGGCGGCUAAGGAAACGGCAAUCGACACUCUUGGAAAUCAGCUUCUCCGUGAGACUGCUGCUCGGGUGAGGGCGUACGCACUACAAACCGUAGCAGAGCUACUUCGGCAGCAGUUUGCGGAGUGCUCGCUGCGUUUUACGAACCCAAAUGCCACUGCGGAUACUGGAGAAAGCUCAUCCAGUGGAGAGCUUGUGUCAUCUACAGAGUCGGGCAGCCGAACAUCCUUGCCAACAGCUGAGCUUAAUCAGGGGCGAUCAAUUUGGAACAAAAGAAAAGCCCCGAGCCGGCAAGAGGGUGAAGGUGCAGACGAUGACGAUGAAGAUGAUGAGGACAACAGAAAGAAAAGGCCUCGUAUGAGCAAAUCCAGCUUAUGCACCCCAUGCGUUCGACGAUACGCUUGCAUAUAUUUUGCCAAUGCCAUGGAUUCCAAGGAUAGUCACUUCCUAAACGUUGACCUUACACGAUGGCAAACAGAAUGUUAUCGGUCAGGCUUUGAGACCGUAGCGAGAGUUAAGAGCCAUCUCUACAGUCACCAUCAAUGGGGAUGUAAAAAGUGCUAUCGGAAUUUUCCAACUGCCGAAGCACAUUAUGAUCAUAGUCACGGUGACUGCCAAGAAUCAACAGAGACAGCACCAGUCUUUCUAUCUCGUGAGCAAAUCAGUCAGCUCAAAUCCAAGAAGCCUGUUCCUGGAGUCAACACAGAAGAGAAAAAGUGGCGGUCCAUUUUCAGACUUGUGUUCCCGGAUCAGGAGAGUAUUCCUUCGCCAUUUAUUAAACCUUCUGAAGAAGCAAUUCGAGACGGCGCUCCUGACAAUCAGGAGCUACUCAAGCCUUUUGACCAAGCCCUUCUUGGGAUUAAAAUCGUUUGGGGCAAUGUGGUGGACGCUAUCAUGGAGAAUUAUCCAAUCUCUGAGAACCCGAACGAUAUGGAUAUGGCGUCCUGGAAGGCUGUCUUCGAGGACAUUGUGGAGAAUACCGCGCGAAGUAACACGCGGAACGACGAAAGUGAUCCUACACCCUCUCUUGUCAACUCAACGAAUACUGCGAGCGAAAGUAUCAGUGAGGUAGCUUAUGAAUUUUUCCAAGGAACCGCCUCUCCGACUAUUCUGGAGUCUACAAUCCCAAACCCCUUGUCGGACCCCCUAUUCGGACUUGAUAAGGCGCAGUUCAAUGAACUUCCAGCUUGGGCAGAACCGUGGAAAUUUAACCCCUUUACAGGAGAGCCUUUGGGAGGCAAUUCUGCGUACCUGGGUGAAACGCCCAUUGAAUGGUUAAGCCAGGAGCUUUCACAAUUUACAAAUAAUGAAAAUUCGGACAGAACGGAGGCGGAAUAG